CUUUCCGUACACCACGGCCUGGGCGUCGUUCGCUGCUGCGUAGGAACCAAACACCAAACAACACUUCAGCUGGAUAGACUGUAGGCGUCUCUUACAUAAACUAAAAACUUAAUAUAAAACAUAAAAAUGCUUUCGGUCACGCUUGACAGCAGUGGUUCGCCAAAGAAACGGACGUAUUCCAGGGGAAUAAGCGAGGACGAGUCUCUCCGCAGCAUUAUAAAAGAGACUGAAAGCUCAACCAGGCGUCUGACACGAAGCGACAGCCGACCAGGCACUCUGAAGAGGAGGACGGACAGCCAGCAAUCUGACCAGGACCUCUUCAUGGGAUUACCAGAAAUGUUGGAGCUGCAGGCCAGCUAUGAUGAGGCGGUGCAGGAGCUGCGUGGGCUUGAGGUCGAGCGAGAGGCUCUGUUGUUCCAGGUGGACGUCCUGCAGGACACACUGGAGGGUGUCGAGGAGCUGCUGGCUGAAGCACAGAGGGAAGCCGGGCAGGUUAAUUUGGAGCUGGAACAAGAGAGGGUGGCCAAGAGGAAACUGGAGAGCCUGGUUUGCUCUCUGAUGCAGGAGGUGGAGAGAUUAAAAGAGGAAAAGAAUGGACGAUCUGCUCCAGUGAGCAUGGCUGAGGCAACAGGAUGGGAACACCAAAUAAAAAACAAUGCUACUCAAAUGGUUAAAGUUGCACAGAAAGAAGAUAAAGACUCUUCUCUGUGUGAAUCUUGCAGAAGGGCUGGUGGGCUAGCAGGUGCAGAAGCCACAGGAAGUGGCCCUAUGAAGCUACGGAUGGUGGUCAAUCAGCCCGUGGGCCAUUUGCCAUCUCUUGCGGUGGAUAACCUAGAUUCCAUCGAUGGAGUCCUUCGGAGGCCCUACAAAAACCACAUGGAGGAUGGGCGAGAUCCUUCUCCAGACCAGAACGAUACAGAUAGCAUAAGUGCCUAUGAGGAUGCAUCUGCUGAGACUCCAGAGCAGGACAGGAUCUUUCCAGGUGGAGAACUGCCUGAUGAUUCAGAGAAAAAUCCUGCUGACAGCUGUGAGGUUGGGAAUGAGACCCAAGACCCCAAAAACGAAAGUUGUAUUUUGUCUUAAUCUCAGCUAAACAGAAGGGCAAAGAUAAACAAUGGUGGUUUGAUCAUUUUCAAGUUAAUCAGUUUGAUAUUACUAUUACCAUUAUCAAUAUCAAUUCCAGCUGAAAUCAUAAAUCAACUAGUCAAUCAAAGGAAAAGUGAUCAUCAGCUAUUCUUACAGAUUUAAUAAUUGGUUUCAUCCUUCUUAAAGCAAAAUUGUGAAACAUUUGCUAGUUUUAGCUUAUCAAAGGUCAGGAUUUGGCUUCUUUGACACACAUAAGUCAAUGAAAUAUAUUUAAAUAUUGGGUUGACUUUUUUUUUGUUUCAUUUGUUACAGUCAUUGAUUGCUUGAUCAGAAAACAAUGAUUGGCAGCUUAAUAUGUAAAAGUCUAUAGUUGUAACACUGGUAGAAACUGACAGCAGACACUCAGGUUCAGAAUGGUUCAUUAUCUUAAAAUCCAUUUACUACUUUGUUAUUCAAGCAUUUCCUUUAAAUCUCUCAACAUUUUUCUCUAUGUGGAUAAAUUGGGGAAAGUACUGCUUCAGUACAUUCUUUUAAAUAGAUCUCUUAACACCUGUCCGAACACAAAUCCAGAUUUGUCUGUAUCCAAAAUACAUUGAGCUGUGUAGGUAUUUGGAGAGGAAUGUUGCUGUUUGGAUCCACAGCGAGAUUUUCUUUUUAAUAUUACACAGCCUCAUUUACCUUAAGCCUGUUAAGGUCAUGUUUGAAGAUGACCUCUGUAAGGUAUCUUCAGAUACUUGGAAUUAAAGGCAAUUGUUUAUAUAGUAGAGGUCUUUUUAAGUUAGACUGAAUGCAGUCUGUUUACUUUUUUAUAACCGUCUAUUUUACUUGUUUUUGCUCUGAAAUUUUAUAGAUUUUGAUUUGGCUGCAGCAGCACUUUUUAAAGAUCUUGUAUUGUUGAACAUAUUUGUCAGAAUAGAUCCGAAACAACAUUUCUCGUAAAACCAAACAUGUCUGAGAAACGAGUUAGACAUACUGCAGACUGGUUUCUAUCUACUUGCAGGCUAGUACUGCAUGUUUGCAUGUUUGCUUUUUCUUUUCAGUGGAACUUGCAUAAAUCAGCCUUUGGAUGUGUCUCUGCUGUAAUCCGCCUUGUAUUUUAACGUGUUUUUUAUUUUUAUAUCUUGUCCCAUAUCUCUAAAGUGCUAAAAGGCAACUAUGAACUAUUUAACCUUAUGUCAUAUCCUUGCAUGGGCACAUACAAACUGAUUGUUUUACAAAUUGAAGAUAAGAUUUUCUGUCUCAUAUUGGUUCUUUUUAACACAAUGGUCUUAUGCCAUUUACAUCUUAUUUACUGCAGAAAUUGACGUUUUUAAAGGUAAAUUUAUUUUGGAAAAUUUUUUUAAAUGAUAUCAGUCUCUAGCUGGACUUAAAUGAUUUAAUCUUGAUACAAAUCUUUUAUAUUAAUGCUUUUUCAUUUAUGGAUACUUGAAAGUGCAUGAAACAUUUGUGGUUGCAUUUAGCAUCAUAUCGCGCUGUUGGUUUGUAGCAGCAGAAAAAUGUUUGUACGUUCACUAAUUUGCCUUUGUUAACUUUUCUCUCACGUUCUGGUUUCAGCUGGUUCACGUGUUCAUACGGAUUAUUUACUGCGUUGGUGACAAGAUGUACAAGAUUGCUGUGAUGACAUGUUGCUGAUUUUCUUCCACAAGAUAACUGUAGUGCUUUAAAGCAGCGCUGUGGUCUGUUGUUAAACAAUCAGGUCAUUUCUUUUCAAGAUAUGUCUUAUGUGAUGAGCACCUCUGUUAGUGAGCAUUGUUAUUGGGUCAAAUGGAUUUUGUUUGUUAUUGAAAUAUAUCCUUUAAAUGUCACGGGUACUAUCUGGCUUGGUUGGCACUUUGCAGACUUUUUGAGUUUAUCAGGAGCUGUUGAGUUUGCUUGAUUUUCUACACAAUGUAAAAUAUGUCCUUACUGUAAUUUGAUGCCUUUUCUUGGUCUGAAUAUCUUUGUUUUCUGAGCUUUGAAAUAUUCAUCUGGUGAAACAAAUGACAAUAUAUCCAAAAUAAAAUUGGUGAAAGAUCCAGA